AUGCCACCUGAGACAAUUAAGGUGGGUGGGGAAACGUCAGAGGAGGUUCUUUUGGACCUAUACAACAGGAUAUGGAGCGAGGAGAAGAUACUAGAGGAGUGGAAGAAGGAUCUACUAAUCAAACUGCCUAAGAAAGGUGAUCUGAGCUACUGUAAAAACUGGCGUAUUUUGCUGAACAUGGCAAGUAAGAUGUUUUGCAGAGCGAUCCUGGAGCGCAUCAAGAUCGCGCUGGAUGAAAAGCUGAAGGAGGAACAGGCGGGCUUCCGAGCCCGCCGAAGCUGUACGGAUCAAAUAGCAACGCUGCAGAUUAUUGUGGAGCAAAGCAUCGAGUGGCAGUCCUCCUUGUAUAUCAACUUUAUAGAUUUCGAAAAGGCCUUCAAUAGUGGUACACAAUGGACAGAGGAUCCAACCAUCGGAUAUGAGGACGGGGUGAGACAAGGCUGCCUGCUAUCUCCCCUGCUGUUUCUGGCCGCUUUGGGUUGGGUGACGAGGACAGCCUUUGACAGGGAGAGAGGUAUUCAGUGGACCUUUACGACAUCCUCAGAAGACCUUGACGUUGCCGAUGAUCUGGCCCUACUGUCGCACAGAAUACAGGAUAUGAGGGAGAAGACACGAGCCUUGGAAAUACAAGGUGCUAAGGUAGACCUGAAGAUCAAUGCCAUCAAGACAAAGUUAAUACGUAUCGGUACAAAACGUGGCAAUGCUCCAACAACCAAGACCGUGCUGAGAGUCUUUGGGUCAAAUCUGAAGGUGGUGCUCUUGUAUGGUUCUGAAACUUGGAGGCUGACUAAGAGUUUGGAGCAGAAGUUGGAAGUGUUCAUCAAUAAGAGCUUGAGGAACAUCCUGGGAAUUUGGUGGCCUAGAAAAAUCAGGAACAAAGAACUUUGGAGACAAACAGGGCAGCGUCCGUUAGAGCAAGAGAUAAGACAAAGAGCUUGGGGCUGGAUCAGCCGCACGUUGAGGAGACCAGAUGGAUAUGUAGUCAAGAAGGCACUAGAGUGGAACCCACAGGGGAAACGAAAGAGCUGA